AAUCAUCUUCUCCCACGGCCGAGCCGCGAAAAGUAAAACCCUAGAAGAAGAAGAAGAAAACUAAUGACUAUGGAAGAAGCAGUAAAUCCAAAGGCAUACCCGUUAGCUGAUUCUCAGCUAGCUAUGACAAUCCAUGAUUUGGUUCAACAAGCUGCUAAUUACAAACAGCUCAAGAAAGGUGCCAAUGAAGCUACAAAGACUUUAAAUCGGGGUAUCUCCGAGUUUGUAGUUAUGGCAGCUGAUGCUCAACCACUUGAAAUCCUUCUUCAUAUUCCACUACUUGCCGAAGACAAGAAUGUUCCUUAUGUGUUUGUUCCUUCAAAAGAAGCCCUUGGUCGUGCAUGUGGAGUCACAAAGGCCGUGAUUGCAUGUUCGGUGACGACCAAUGAGGGGAGUCAGUUGAAAUCUCAAAUUACACAACUAAAGGAUGCUAUUGAAAAACUGUUGAUAUAAAUAUUCAUUGGGGGAAGUUUUCAGCGUGAUGGGUCUCUUGGAUAUUUGAACUUAAUUCUCUCGAGGCUUUGACUGAUGAACCUUGUUGCUAUGGAGGUUCUUUUUUUUACUUUCCCUGCUAGUUAUUAUAACAGAUAGUCAAUCCUUUUGUGGAUAUUAGAAUGUAAUGACCUUCAAGAUCUUUUUUUAUUUAAGGAUGGUUGAUUGAAACUA